UAAAGGCUUACAAUAGUUUCAAGUAAAAAAAAAAAAACAUUAAGCUCACUACAUAAUCAAAACAUAGCCGAAGAAACCUUUUCUAUUGAGUUUAGUUAAACAACAUGGCAUCUAAAAAGAAGCGAACGCCAAACACAGGGAAUGACGGUUGGGUUGUUGUCGCUGCAGACUCUGUCACAAACCCACAGAAUGACAACAGCGAUCCAGCUUUUGUAAGACUGAGGAAUCCCUCGACAGAUGGGGCUUCGUUGUAUAUGCUGGGUGGUGGUGAUGCACAACUGUUUGAGGUCAAAGCAUUCGAAGAAGAUUUCCAUUCCUGGUUUAUUGGACAAACUGUACAGAGAGAUGGGAGACUUCUGUUUGUGACACCAAUGGACCCACUUUAUCUUAUUUUGCCAUAUUUGAUUAAAUCUGGCAGAGAGAAGUUCCAGCCUGUGGCUCAAGUUGUUAUGGAUGAAGAUUUCCCAGCUUGUUCAAGGCUUCUCAGCUGCACACGUUCACUUGCCUCUUUGCACCACAUUGCAGAUGAAAAAGAGGUGGGAAGCCUGAAGUUUCAUCGAUACUGUCCGGAUCGGACUAUGAACUGGUUAAAGAAAAAGGUGGAGAGGACAGUCGUAGUCCUGAAGAAGACAAAUAUCUCCGUGGGUGAAGGAGUAAAAUCUACAACAUUUGUCAGAGUCAAGUCUGAGUCAGAUGAGGAGGAUUAUUUACGCUAUGCCCAUGGUCUGAUAUCAGAGUACAUCAGUGAGGACCUGAGCAAAGCCCUUCUCAAAUACCUGGGGUUACCAGAACUCACAAGCCCAAAAGAGAUGGAGCCUCCUUCCAAGAAGCGGAAACUUUCAGACAAGCCGGUGGAGGCAGGAGAAGAUUACACCAAAUUCAACAGUGCAGACUUUGCGCGGAAACCACCCAAGAAAAUGACAGCUGCUCAGAAAACUCUGGCAAAGGUGGACAAGACUGGCAUGAAGCCAAUGUCAUCCUUCUUCAGCCCUAAGGUCAAAGCAGAAAAAAAAUGAAUGUGUGUGGGUUGUGAUUUGUAUACAAAAUAUUUCUAAUAAAAAACAAAUGUAA